ACCCCGUCGGUCACGAAAUCCAGUGACAGAAGUGUACAAGGAAAAGUGACGGAUUCUUAGCUAAUUUUUUCAUUAGUAAACCUCAAAUCAUUAAAUCUGUAUAUUGUGCCAUAAGUAGGUGUGUUUUGUGCUCUGAGUUGGACAUAAUAAUUCAAUCAAAAUGGGAAAUGAGACUUCUCUACCUAUGGAGCUAUGCUCAAAUUUCGAUGCUGACGAGAUUCGCCGUUUGGGCAAACGCUUUAAGAAACUCGAUUUGGAUAAUUCCGGUGCGUUGAGCAUCGAUGAGUUCAUGUCGCUUCCAGAGUUGCAGCAGAAUCCGCUGGUACAGCGCGUUAUAGACAUUUUUGACGCGGACGGCAACGGUGAAGUGGACUUUAAAGAAUUCAUACAGGGCGUGUCGCAGUUCAGCGUUAAGGGGGACAAACUGUCCAAACUGAAGUUCGCCUUUCGAAUAUAUGACAUGGACAACGAUGGAUACAUUUCCAACGGAGAACUGUUUCAGGUGCUGAAAAUGAUGGUUGGAAACAAUUUGAAAGACACCCAGUUGCAGCAGAUUGUGGACAAAACCAUCGUGUUCGCCGAUAAGGACGAGGAUGGCAAAAUUUCCUUCGAUGAGUUCUGCUCGGUAGUUGGUAAUACUGAUAUUCACAAAAAGAUGGUCGUCGAUGUUUAAAGUACUAACUAAUAUUGAUAUAUACAUAAAAACAACAAACAUUUAAUUGCUAGCAAAAAAUAUCUAAUUUAUUAACGUAAAACAAAGUAAGAGUGUCUGUGAAUGUUGCAUCUGAUGAAAACAGAAAAACACAAAUGUAGGUACUUUUGGUUUUUUUCUGUGUUGUUCACUCUCCAUUUUUUCCCUCAUGUUAUAGAAUUAAAACAAGCAGAAAAAUUAAUAAGUAAGAUCUGUCAAAAAUUUUAGGAAAGAUUUAAAACUAAACGUGCGCUUGUUUACUGCAGAAUUAUUCGCUCAUAAAUCUACCAAAAUUACUUCGUGUUUGAGAAAGUUUCGCCAGGUUAUUGUGCAAUUUAAUACUGAAUUUUGUUUAGCGAUUUUCACUACAUCGAGGUAAUAUUUAUUAUAUUAUUUUAGCGGCAAUGGAAGUUAAAAAGUCUAAAGAUUAAAAUCUACCAGUGCUUCUUUUUCAAUGGACUACUGAUUGUUUUUGUAAGUUAUCAAAUCUAUUUACCAACACACUUCAUACAGUACUUAACCAACUGACCACAAGCUAAGGUAAAUCAAAAUCAUCAACUUUAUUAUACUGGUAACUUAGUAAUGAAUCAGACGAGUUGUUUCUCAAAGACAAUUAGAGCAAAGUAUAUAUAGAUAUGGGUCAACUAAUUGCUACUGCUAGAUAAUUAGGCUAUACUGUGUGAAUGUCAUACUGAUUUUCCCCCAAUUUAAUUGUAAAACCUCCAAAAAACGAACACGUACUGUCUUAUAGUAGAGUCUUAGGUUAGGAGCCAAUUGUUCUAUACAUUAUAAUUGUUGAGUCUUCAUUGACGUUCCCAACUGAAACGCACUCGCAACUAGUGCUACUAUUAUUGAUACUACCGUUUACUCUGGAUUUACCCUCCCCCAGAAACCACCGUUAUUGUUGUCUCCAUCUAUCUCAGCGCCAAAAACUGAACCUUUAUCUAAUUCUACUAGGUUUCCUCCAUUCAGUUGGUAAAAUUUUAUCAAGCACGUAUUCGUACAUUAUAAACAACAAACAUACAUAAUAGCCGAGAGCGAAAUUCGAAACUACAGUUCAUCACUAGUUAUAUUGAUAAGAAUAACGAUAAAAAGGCAUUCGAUUCAACAGAAAUGACCAUGAUGGUUUAAGUGAAGGUAAUUGCUGAGUUUUCUUACAAGAGUGCAAUGAAUCGUUUUAGCUAACACAACUCGUGUGGCAAUAGAAAGGUGCAAUUUUGCUAUAUGUCCGAGCUUUGCCUUCUUUUGAACCUGCGGCGACUGGAUACGUCUGUAAUCGAGCAGUAGAACGAGUGCGAGCGGGUAAGAGUCAACGAUGAGAUGAAAUGCCGAAAGCACGAAUACAUACAUUAUUGCUGAUUGCAACAACAAUUUUACAUUCAAGAGUGCGCAAUCGCUCAUAAAAAGGCUAUUCUAGAUAGAAUCGUGUCGCACUUAUUGCUUGGAAUAUAACGAAAAAGUUCGUCGAAGAUACCGAGCGAUUCAACCUGUACUAACACUUUUAUAACCGAUUGCGCACUUUUGAAUGUAAAUUUUUUCAUACAAUCAGUAAAACAUCGUAGGAAGUUUUGCUCUUCGCCUGGCCGCAGAAAAGAUAUGCAUUGAGAAAUUACCUAUUUCUACCAACUUACGAAAGAAUAAUACAAAUAAAAUCUUUUUCAACAA